AUGUGAUCAACUGUGUCCAAUCACAGCUGUACACAUCAGUGCCACCUGUCAGUGUUCAUCAAUGCCACCUGCCAGUCCCCAUCAGUGCCUCAUCAAUGCCACAUAUCAGUGCCUACCAGUGCACAUCAAUUCCACAUUUCAGUGCCCAUCUGAGCUGCCUUUCAGUGUCACCUAUCAGUGCCACCUAUCAAUGCCAGUCAGUGCCACCUAUCAGUGCUGCCAAUCAGUGCCAUAUGAGUGCUGCCUUUCAGUGCCCAUCAGUCAUGCCUGUCAAUGCCCAUCAGUGCCACCUACCAGUAACUCCUCAUCAGUGCCACCUAUCAAUGCCCAUCAGCGCAGCCUAUCAGUGCCCAUCAAUGCACCCUCAUUAGCGCACAAAAAAAAACCACUUAUU